CGAUAUGAGAGGAGCCAGUCUAAUUAAACGAACACUUUCCAAGAUAAGCAAAAUGAGCACCACUCUAAAUCCCCGAGAAUCCGGCGAGCACAUUGUGCGCCAUGCGAAAUAUUUAAAAGUAUUGCCCUCCGGCAUUGAGCGUCUUGUUGAAGAGAUUGUUAGUGGCGUUCUUGAUAAGCGCAUUGCUGUGGCCAAUUUCUCACAGCAUGAGCUUCAUCCGUCGCCCAAUGAUGAUUAUGCCGCCAAUUGGAUUUUCAUUGUGGACACCCUCAACUUUUGCUUCUGGACGCCACAUAACUACACCAAGUACAAGGUGAAUGGAUACACCGGCUACUUUGCCCUGUGCGCAGCUAUAAAUCGCGCCAUGAAGGAUGGCUUGGAUAUAACGAAUCCCGAGUUUUAUGCUAAAAUCGACUUGGCAACGCUGGAGAAGAUCUUUCGUCCGGAUGAUGCUACCACACAGAUUCCCUUGCUAGAGAAGCGUUUGGAGUGCCUUCAUCAGGUGGGCGAGUGUCUGCUGACCAAGUGGCAGGGACGCUUUGAGAAUGUGGUGAAGGAAGCCAACAAUUCAGCCGUAAAGUUGCUGCAACUCAUUGUGGAUGAGUUUCCCUGUUUCAGGGAUCAAGCUGAAUUUGCUGGCGAACGUGUUUCGAUUUUGAAGCGUGCUCAAAUCCUUGUCGGUGACUUGUGGUCAUGUUAUUGUGGCGAAGGACUUGGAUACUUCGAGGACAUCGAAAAAGUAACCAUGUUUGCGGAUUAUCGCGUUCCUCAGGUCUUAGUGCACUUUGGCAGUUUGGAGUACACACCAGAAUUGCUGGAACUGCUUAAGAAGGAUACCAUACUGCAGAACGGCGAUGCCAUGGAGGUUGAAAUAAGAGGCGCCUCCAUUUACAUCAUCGAAGAAGUCAAGGAUGCUGUGCUGACUAUCCUUAAGGAAAAACAUCCAGAGGUGGACACACGGAGUGUGAAUUCCAUUUUAAUUGAUCAGUAUCUUUGGGAUUACAGACGUGAGCACGCCGCCGAAUUGGAGUAUAUUCCAUUCCACAAGGUGCUGAGCAUCUAUUACUAAUGAACAUGCCAAGCAUGAAUAAAGUUUGAAUACUCAAAUUA